CGCCUGAAGGAUUUCUUCUUGACAGCGCAGUUCGUCUCAAACUUUCGAUCAAUGGCUGAGAGUAGUUCAGUUUCGACGUGCAGUGAGGAGCCGGACGAGGACCUCAGGCGGGUCCACAACCGCCUCUCACUGCGACUAGAAAAAGACAUCACGGCCGACCAGCUCAAGGAGUUGAAGCAGUAUUUCUACAGAGCCCCACUCGACCCGAAAAUCUACGGGAAGAUUGCAAGCUUCAUUGAACUAUGGAACACCCUUGAUAGCUACAGAACCAUAAAACCGGGGAAGUAUACACACUUGAAGAAAGCCCUGAGCACCAUCGGCGCGAAAACUUGCCUGGCUACCGUCGAGAAGUUUGAAAUCAAAGAAUUCAAAUCACGAGAUAGGGCGAUUUCUCGAGAGAGUGCGAAACAACUAGAGUUGGAAGCUUUGAUAGAAGAAUCCGCCGAUUUACGAAAACAAGUCGAGCGUGAGAGGCGACUGAAGGAUGAAGCCGAGAAUCUGCGGGAUACAGCCAUCAGAGAGCGAGAGGUGUCACACAUCAGACACGAGAGUGUGAUUCAUGAGGCCGGGAGAGAGGUCAAGAAAAAGAAACAUCGAGACGACCACCAUCAGGCAGUCAAGGUGGCAAACUACCAAGGGGCCUGGAGGGUUGUUGGGCCCGAGCAGGUGAUGGAAGCUCUCGAUGAUGUCGAUGUGACCAGAUUUGACCUGUCGCAGCAGAAUCAGGAAAUGAAGCGUGAAUUGGAGGCCCAAUGCAAAAUGAGGAGUCAGGCUGAGAAAUUGAAAGAUCUGGCACUCACGGAAAGAGAACUGUCACAUAUUGAGCAUGAAAAGGCUAUUAAAGAUGCAAGAUUAGCAACUAAAUUAGAGCAUGAACAGCGGACACGCGCAGAAAUGGAGCUAGAAGAUUUAAGGAAGAGAGGGCAGGAAGAGAAACCGGAAAAUCCUACCAAUCUUAGAACAACAGAUGGACGGAUAUACUCACAUGGGACCCUCAUCUGCCAGGAAAAUCACCAAGGUUUCGGUGUAGUGUUUGGAAAUUACGGAGAGGGAGAAGCCCAAAGUUACAGGGCUGGCCACCAGGUGGAAGUCAAGUCGAGGAGUCGGUCAGAGUCAGAUACAGACAAAGGAAGGACGUGGGGAAAUAGGGCGACUGAGAGGCAGAGGUUUGUGGCUAGCUCUUGGGAUGAGACAAUGUCUGAUCAGCGCCCAGCUGUUCAGAAUUCAAGUGCCGUGAGGAUGAAUACUGGAGUAGAUCAGCUCAACCAACAGCGGGAGGGCAAGGGACUUGAUGAUUGGAUAGAGACUCACGGUUGCGAGAGCGAUGAAAAUGUAAAUGCGUGCACAAACAAUACUUCCAAUGGUGUUCGUGACCUAGACCUUGACGACAUCUUGGAUUCUGUGCUGCGUUGCAUAGAUACUAAUGAUUUACAACGGAUGACAGAAAUAAUGGAUGGAUUGGACGCUGAUGCCAGAAAAGUGUUGACGUCCCUCAAAGUCUCUCACCAAACCGCUGUUUUUAAAGCUUGUGUGAAAGGGCAUGUUGAGUUUGUCGAAUACUUUUUGAGUGAAUGCGGGGCAGCAACGGAAGAAAUAGGGCAGUAUAUCUCAGAGGGUGGUAUGUUUUACCAAGCAACGCCACUCUGGUGGGCCUCCUUCACCAAUCAGCAAGAGAUGGUGCAAACAUUGAUCACUCACGGUGCAGAUGUCAACGCCGAACUUACAGCUAUCAACUCGACUCCCGUUCUAUCAGCUUGUGCCAUGGGGAACGCAGAGGUUGUAAAAUAUCUCUCUGCACAUGGGGCUAAUUUACAAAAGCCGAACGCAAAUGGUGAAACAUGCCUGCACAAGUCUGUACAGAGUUUGGAUCUGUGCCUGUUUCUCCUGAACCACGGAGCAGAUAUCAACCAGGUCGACGGCUUCGGGCGAACACCGCUGCACCAGGCGGUUGAUGCUGGACCAGUGGAGGUAGUGCGGCUGCUUGCAAGGCGGGGAGCAGACGUUAACCUGCAGGACUGCUGUGGGGACACUGGCCUUGAUAUCGCGUUUCGGAAUGGACGAGAGAAGGUCACCGAAAUGCUUUUGAACAGGACGUCUGGUACAUGCAGAGGAGCAAGAAGGUAA